AUGGGGACACGAUUCAAAAGUGAUACCAAAGACCCGGCUGUCAAUGUCACCACAUGGGUUCUUUUGGUCACGAUCGUUUUCAGUGUCCUUGCCAGAUUAGUCACUAAGAUUCGAAUCUUUAAAAGGCUCACCACAGAUGAUCUCCUGAUCAUUGCUUCUCUGAUCCUUGGAAUUGGCCAGAGUAUAGUUGUUUCGCUGGCAGUUGGGUCGGGUUAUGGAAAGCAUUCCAAAGACGUCUCCAGCGCCGAGAUGGAACAGGUUAUGAAAUUAUCUCUGGUCGUGUUUAUCCGGGGUCUUACACCAUCUGCCAAAAAUAAAUGGCUCGCCCUAGGUGUUGAGAUCAUUGUAUACGCCUGGGCAGUCGUUGCAAUCUUUGGAACUGCAUUUCAAUGCUCUUUGCCUCAUACUUGGGAUUUCCAGAAUGGCCAGUGCUUUAACCUGGUAGCUUGGCGCUACUUCAUCGUUAUCUCCAACAUCAUCACCGAUCUCGUGAUUGUAGCCCAGGCAAUGAUCCUGAUUUCUAGCGUCCAAACAACCCUGGGGCGACGCCUGGGUUUUGCGGGUAUCUUCCUGCCUCGGCUCUUUGUGACCGUCGCAGCCAUCGUCGAGCUCCCCUUUAUUAAGAGAGGCACGAAAACCAAAGACCCAACGUUUCAGUCGUGUGAAAUCACUAUUUUUGAAGUGCUCAUUCAGUGCCUCAGUAUUGUGACGGCCUGUUGGGGACAAUUAAACCCCUUCCUGUCCUGGAUGCGAUCGAACGGGCUCAAGCUCGAUGGGGUAGAAGAGCCGAACUCUUGGAGCUACAAGAUGCGGUCGCAAACACAGGGGCGAUCCGAGUCGCGGGACCACAAUGUGAAGCUCGAGAGCAACACAACAUUCCCUUUCCCGAUGCGACGAGAUCAAAUUUUGGUUACACAAGAUUGGGAGGUCGGCAGCCAGUCAAGCCAGACGCACAUGAUGGGGGAGUCAGAGACACCUAGGCUAGCAACAGUAGAAAGUGGUCGUCCGGCCAACAGAGUUGCUUGA